CACCACUGGCGUGCAGCACCACUGGCGUGAAGACGCCAAUGGGGACCGAGUGCGGGAAGAGCUUGUACGUCCGCAAGAAGUACCACCCGAAAGGUACGACCGCUAAGGACGUCAUCGCAAAGAAGGCAGCGGAUAAGGAGGAGCAAGACAGACACGAGAGGUUGCGUGAAGAUCAUGCAUCUGGCAAGGACGAGUGCCAGCUGACCGAAGCAGUGACCGUCAAACAUUCCACAGUUGAGGAGUCGAAGUCUUUCGAGGACGCCUUCGUCGAGGGCGACCUCACAGAGCUCUUCACGUUCGCCCGUGUCCGUUCCAUUCAGUACGACUCGCGCGAGAGCCUCGUCAAGUGCAUCAACGUGACGCUUGGCUUCGAGACUGGCGUUGGCAAGACUGGCGAGUCCGGCGUUUUUGUGCCAGACAAGACGCCUGGUACGUCCUACAGGCACCGCCAUGGCGUCUCCAAGACUUCGGCCAUCGCGCGGAAGGAGGAUCACGACGACUUGGGCACCGCCGCUGAGCAGGGCCUGGCGAACGACUGGAACUUGAUGAACAAGGAGGGCUUCCACGAGGUCACGGGUGCCGAGGGGGCCGCCGUGGAGGACGGUGCCACUGGCAUGGAUCUCCCGUCGACGAGAGCACCGCCAGACUCUUUCUCGGCCUCAGCUUCGAGCUGCUCGGCGCCUGCCUUCGCUCAGGCUUGCCCUCCCGACGAUGCCAUUUCCGUCGCGAGUGGGGCGUCGCGCAGGAGCGGGCCUGGCAGCUUCGGCCACGCCGAAUGCGAGCCGCCCGUUUCUCCGAGGAGCUGCGCUACGCCGAUGCCGACGGCGACGGCGCCAAGGAAGCUCGAGGGCCAGGUUCAGAGCACGAGGAAGGCGCAGAAGGGAGGCGGCAACGCGAACUUGCUGGAGUCUGGCAAGCAGACCCUCGAAGAGACGGAGGCCAACUGGUCGGUCAGCGUGCUGUGGAACAAGAAGUACAGGCAGCGCGACUACGAGAAUCUCCUCACGAGGUUGAUCGCCAAGGCGAGCAAGGCAUCGGCGUUGAUGCAUGAAGACUCGGCAGAGGUUUCAGAGCAGUUAUAUCGGACUGGAUUCUGGUUGCAGGAGACGAAGAAUACAUUAGACACUCUCAAAGCAUCGCCAGAUACCGUCGUUGACGCAGUCAGCAAAGUUCUUCGGAACAUCAUCGUCCAAGCUAACGAUCCCCUCAAGUCCAACAUGGCCUUCGCAGUAUGCUGCGCUCUCUUGUCGCAGUCAAGCCCGAAGUCCCACGUGAUGGCAUUGAGGACGAUGAAGUACAGCAGUGGCAGCGAGCACAUGUCGGUGGCGACGUUUGGCGACAUCGCGCGCGAUGGCGACUUCCUUGUCCUGAAGCGAGAAUCCAUGACUGAGUUUACGGCGCUCAUGGCGGAGUGCGACCACAUCGUCGGCGAGCGCAGCAUCAACGACCUGACCGUCGACAGCUCGAGCAUCGACCCUGCUACUGGAUGGGUGCCUCAACUCCUGGCUGACUUGAAUGCAAUGCGAUCAUUUGGCAAGGUGCUGUCCGUAGAUGCCAGCGAGAAGAUGCCUCGGGACUUGAGGGUCGAGGCUCUCAAGGUGCACGCAAACAAGGAGAAGCUGAGCAACAUACUUCGGUGCAUGAUCAGGGUAGGGGCCGGCACUACCAACUGGGCUCGCGCAGCGUGGGAGAGAACGCCAUUCCAGGAGAUCGCAGGUACAUCGGAGGGGUCGGAGCUCGACUCUGACGUCAAGAAGAGCAUCGUUGAGCUUCGCGACAGCAUCAAUGAUCUUCUGUGCGGGGAGAACGUAUCCUACACCGGGAAGCUCUACGAGGUCCUGAUGGUGGGCGUCACGAGUGAAUCGCAUUCUCAACAUUUCGAUUGUUUCUCAAAGUACAUGGAUAGCUUGGGCGACACCGAGGCCGAGAGCACCACGAGUACCGAGCUCAUUUCCCUGAAGGACGGUUUCUUGCAAGCGAUUGGCAAGGGGCUCGAGGAGAUCUUGAACUACUGCGAAAACUUCGCGGACAACCUCGAGACCAUCUAUGGCAUCCACUGUGGCGUGGGGGACACCAGCAAGAUGACAUCGGAUGCAGACUGCUUCGAGUUCCUCUCUGCCGCGGCGAAAACCAUCCUUACCUUCGAGAUCGGGGUUCAGGAGAGGGCGGCGGUCCAGGAAGCGAAACGUCGGGCCGAUCUACUCGUCAGCGCGAACGCCGUGAAGAUGCGAAUACCUGGGAUGGCCCUGGAGAACGUGAUCUGCUUGUGGCUAGCCGACAAGGCCAGCAGUUUGUCAUCCGCCUUCGAGACGUUCAACGAGUUCGUGGCUACCAGCCCCAUCAGCACUCCAAUCAUGAGUAUGAUCACCCAGUUGGCAUCGUCGGACGGCUGCUGCUCGGUGACGCCGAAGGUCGUCGGCACCAUCCAGCUGACCAAUGCCUUGAAAUCCUACUCGCUGAUGGUGGAACCGAUCUCUUCGAAAAGCGAGCUGGCGGAAUGGGAGGAGCUCUUGAUCACGGAGUGGUCGUGCACGUUCGAUCAGCUCUUCGCGGAUCUUGACACGGGCCUCCUGGAGGCGUUCUUGCAGAAGUACGGCGAGGGCGGAGAGAACAUCUGGUCCCUGCUCACGGCUUGGAGUUUCGAUUCCGACGGUGAGGGUUCCAAGAAAGUGUGGCUGAGCUCGGCCCAGAAGGGUCCGACGAGGGAGGCCGAGAUCAAGGGCGUGGCUUCGUUCGUGCAGAACUUGCCCAAUGCCGAGCGCAUCGCCACCGAGCUCAAAGGUUCCUUCACGAGCCUCGAAUGGUUGCAGGCCGAUCAGGUCAAGAAGCUGGGCGAUCUCAUCGAGAGGAUGGGGUCCAUCAGGCAGACGGCCAAGGAUGGCGCCAUCCUCAUGGGCGCCAUCGUGCUGGCGAGCUCGGCCCCCGCAGGCGUUGCUAGAGACGCCACGCAGCGCUUCGUUUUCGAGCGCCUCGGAGUUCAGAAGACUCUGAUGCCCAAGAAGCUGCUGGACGCGCUUGGCGCCGAGCCGUCUCCAGAGCAGACUUUCAAGGAGGAGGCGGCUCUGGAAAAGGCGCCAGCAGCAGCAGCAGCAGCUCCCUCUUUAGCCCUGCAGCCCCCGCUGAAGAAGUGCAAGACCGAGGUGAAGUAA